AUGAAUCCACCUUUGAAAGACUCCAACUCGUGGACAUUCAAGUUGGUCACGUGGAAUGUUAAUGGGUUACGUGCCUGCAUAAAAAAUGGGGGACUGACUUAUAUUUUAGAAGAGCAACCUGAUGCUGUUGGUCUUCAAGAAAUAAAAUGUCAGUCAAAGGAUAUCCCGCCCACUGCCAACCUGUCGGAAUUCAAAAUUUACUGGUUUCCCGCGGAUAAACCUGGUUAUGCUGGCACUGGUCUUUAUAGUAAGACCGUCCCGAUCAAUAUUAAGUAUGGAAUCGGCUCUAAGGAACAUGACAACGAAGGGCGAACUAUCACGGCUGAGUACGAAAACUUCUUUUUCAUCACCACGUAUGUCCCCAAUUCCGGUCGUGGUCUUGUCAGACUUAAGUACAGAACUGAACGUUGGGACAAGGCUUUUUGUGAGUAUGUGAAGCAGCUAGACAAGAAAAAGCCCGUUAUUGUUUCAGGAGAUCUCAACGUUGCUCACGAAGAGAUUGAUUUAAAAAAUCCCGACGGAAACCACAAAACUGCCGGCUUUACGGAUGAAGAACGCAAAAGUUUCACUCAUUUUUUAGCCGACGCAAAUCUUGUUGACACCUAUCGUCACUUUUAUCCGGACCGGAGAGAUGCGUACACCUUUUGGAGUACAAUGAAAAGAGCUAGAGAAUCAAAUAGUGGAUGGUAA